UCAGAAUGGAAAGGCCGAUUCGUCAGCGGGGAAUAAUUUAAAGGUCAAGGGGGUGAAUUUUUACAGGGAUGCAAAGAAGGUCAAGUUCGUUAAUAUGCUUAAAGGAGGUAAAGCAAUAAGGAAUGCAAAAGGAAAGAUCGUUAAGUCGGCACCAUAUCAAAGUCGUGAGAUCAUCACAGCUAGAGUACAACCGGAUAGGCGGUGGUUCGGAAACACUAGAGUCAUAGGACAAAAGCAGUUGGAAGCAUUCCGGGACAGUCUAGGUGCAAAAGUCGAUGAUCCGUAUCAAGUGUUGCUCCGACAAAAUAAAUUGCCGAUGAGUUUAUUGGCUGAUGCAACCAAGAUGGCGCGAAUGCACAUGAUAGAUACGGAACCGUUUGCCGAUACAUUUGGUCCAAAGGCUCAAAGGAAACGGCCAAAGUUAAAGGUCGGUACGCUAGAAGAUCUGGCCUCUAUCAUCGAACAUUCCUUGGAAAAAUAUGAUGAAAAAAAUGACUCGUCACUAUUAUCUAAUUUGGUGACUGACUGGAGUGACGAAGCACGGGAUAGCUUAUUUUCUAAGGGUCAGUCAAAACGAAUAUGGGAAGAAACGCAAACGAACUUGAAUUUGACGUUGCAAAGAAGAAUUUAUGGUAUUCAUGCACCGGUGCAACGUUUACCAGUAUUACCUUCCUCCAAUUUCGGCUUGGAGAUUUUAAUGGGUAAAGACGAAACCAUUGAUUUCGAGGAUUUCUUGAACGACCCAGAAUUAUCAACUGAACAGAUGGAUGUGCAUGCAUCGAUGGAGCAUAAAUUAAAUAUCAAAUUUUGA